UUUUCUUCACACCCGUAGCAGUUUAUUAUCAAUGCGCGCAGCACAAUGUUAGGAAAGAAGUUAUUCACGCAAUGAAUCCUGAGAAUGAAACUACGACUGAAAGAAAUACAGAACAAUAUAUUUUUGCAGUCGCUACAUACAAACUCCUUGCCUUCACAAUCGGAACCAUUGGAGUCUUUGGAUUUUGCAACAAUGUCAUUGUCAUCAUACUGUUUUACAAAUUCAAGCGACUUAGGACUCCUACAAAUUUGCUAUUGGUGAAUAUAAGUGUAAGUGACAUACUCGUGUCUCUGUUUGGAAUCAACUUUACAUUUGUUUCGUGCAUUAAAUGCGGGUGGAUAUGGAACUCCGCAACAUGCAUCUGGGACGGGUUCAGCAACAGCUUAUUUGGCAUUGUGUCCAUUAUGAGCCUAUCGGCUCUGGCCUAUGAGCGCUACAUCCGGGUGGUCCAUGCCACGGUGGUGGACUUCCCCUGGGUCUGGAGGGCUAUCACCCACAUAUGGCUCUACUCGCUGGUCUGGACUGGGGCACCUCUCCUGGGAUGGAACCGCUACAAGUUAGAGAUCCACCAGCUGGGAUGCUCCCUGGACUGGGCUUCCAAGGACCCCAACGAUGCCUCCUUCAUCCUCUUUUUCCUUCUGGCUUGCUUCUUCGUCCCAGUGGGCAUCAUGAUCUACUGCUAUGGGAAUAUCCUGUACACAGUACGACUGCUGCGGUCCAUCCAGGACCUCCAGACAGUACAGAUCAUAAAAAUUCUGCGCUAUGAGAAGAAGGUGGCUGUCAUGUUUUUGCUGAUGAUAUCCUGUUUCCUGGUGUGCUGGACUCCCUACGCCGUGGUCUCCAUGAUGGAGGCCUUUGGCAGGAAGAGCAUGGUCUCCCCCACCAUUGCUAUCAUCCCUUCCUUUUUCGCCAAGUCCAGCACCGCCUACAAUCCCCUCAUCUACAUAUUCAUGAGCAGAAAGUUCCGGCGCUGCUUAAUGCAGCUGCUCUGCUCCCGGCUUUCCGUGCUGCAACACAGCAUUAAGGACCGCCCCUUGACACUAAUUGAACGGCCCAUCCGGCCAAUCGUUGUGCGUGGGGGUAGAGACCGCCCCAAGAAGAGGGUGACCUUCAGUUCCUCCUCUAUCGUCUUCAUCAUCGCCAGAAACGAUGUCCACAACCUGGACAUUACCUCCAAAAACAGCCCCUCGUCUGAGGUCAACGUCAUCCAGGUGCGACCGCUGUGACCUUAGGGUACACCGUGAAGACUGAUGAUGCGAUCCAUGUCCGGUUCCUGAAUACACCUCAGUCUUCUGGUCAUGCAACUCUACAAACCAAAAUACCCAUCUGAUGCAGGACUGGCAAUGUUAUUUUGAACAGAAACGGUUUACCUUGGAUUUUCAAAGACUGGUUCAGGGAUUUGGAAGUUUUCAAUAAAUACACCCUGUGAGAAAGUGAAGUCUCCAGCUCCUACUAGUAUCAGACAUGGCAACAUACAGUAUACUGUAGAAAACUGGCUCGUUUAGAUGUUUUUCUGUAGUUUGUCCAGUUUGAUUGGCACCUGUCCUUUCUCUCAACAUGUGAACCACUUUUCAGGAUUCUGGCCUGAAGACCAGCAGCUGCUGAGGAGACACCAUCAGGGACUGAACAGGCACACAGCACUUUUCACA